AUGGGUUCCAUGAAUUCAAACAACUGGCUGUCCUUUCCCCUUUCUCCCACUCAUGCCUCUCUACCUCGACAACUUCAUUCUUCUCAGUCUCAUCAGUUCAGUUUAGGGUUAGUGAAUGAUAAAAUUGACAACCCAUUUCAAGGUCAAGAAUGGAAUCUGAUUAAUCCUCAUGGAAGUGGAGAAGUUCCAAAGGUUGCCGAUUUUCUUGGUGUUAGCAAAUCGGAGAGCCAGUCAGAUCUUGUGGCGUUCAAUGAAAUUCAAGCUAACGAAUCUGAUUACCUCUUUCAAAACAACAGUUUGUUGCCAGUGCAAAAUACUAUUGCAGGCGCUUCUGGCAACUAUGAGUUUCAGGAAAAUGCUAACUAUGUGCAGUCUUUGACAUUGUCCAUGGGAAGUGGCAAGGUUUCAACUUGUGCAACUAGUGGUGAUAAUAGUACCAAUACCGUUGAAGCUGCCCCUAGACGAACUCAGGACACUUUUGGACAACGAACUUCGAUAUAUCGCGGCGUUACAAGGCAUAGAUGGACAGGAAGAUAUGAAGCUCAUCUUUGGGAUAAUAGUUGUAGAAGGGAAGGUCAAUCAAGAAAAGGACGACAAGUAUACUUAGGCGGGUAUGACACAGAAGAAAAAGCGGCUAGGGCUUAUGAUCUAGCUGCAUUGAAGUAUUGGGGCACGUCCACCACCACCAAUUUUCCAAUUAGUAACUACGAUAAAGAAUUGGAAGAGAUGAAACACAUGACUAGACAAGAAUUUGUGGCCUCUAUUAGGAGGAAGAGUAGUGGUUUUUCGAGGGGUGCUUCAAUGUAUCGGGGAGUUACAAGGCAUCACCAGCAUGGAAGAUGGCAAGCAAGGAUUGGGAGAGUUGCUGGAAACAAAGAUCUUUACUUGGGAACUUUCAGUACGGAAGAGGAAGCCGCAGAAGCUUACGACAUUGCAGCGAUAAAGUUUAGAGGGUUAAACGCAGUCACCAAUUUCGACAUGAAUCGUUAUGAUGUAAAAACUAUACAGGAAAGCAAUACUCUACCAAUCGGAGGAGGUGCUGCGAAACGAUUAAAAGAAGCUCAAGCUCUUGAAACUUCAAGAAGACGUGAAGAAAUGAUAGCCCUCGGUUCAACUUUUCAGUAUGGAAGCUCAAGCUCCAGCAGAUUACAGGCUUAUCCCUUAAUGCAAACCCAAUUAAAUCAGAGCCCUCAACCUUUACAAUCCUUACAAAAUCAGGACAUUUCUCAGUAUACUCAGGACCCUACAUUUCACCAAAGUUAUAUUCAAACCGAGCUGCAAUUGCACCAGCAAUCAAGCCAGGAGUCUCAUUUUUACAACUGCUAUCUUCAGCACAAUCCGGCUUUGCUUCACGGGCUGGUCAACAUGGGUUCUAAUUCUUCUUCUGUGCUGGACAAUAAUAGAAGUUCGAGUGGGAGUUACAGUGGAGGGUAUCUCGGAAACGGCAUUAAUGGAAUGACUUCGAAUUCUUCGGGGGUUAAUGGGGUGGGAUCGGCUGAAGAGCUCGCUCUGGACAAGGUGGAUUACGAUAUGCCGACAGGUGGAUAUGGCAACUGGCCUGGGUAUUCAAUUCAGGGCACAAAUGGAGGAGCUCUUACAAUGUGGAAAGACUGA